AUGCAUCCCUUCGACCCCAUUCGUCCAGACGAAAUCACCCUCGCCACAUCCAUCCUCAAGGCGUCUCUCCCCGGCAUCAGCCUCCGCUUCAAGGUCAUCGACAUCCAGGAGCCCAUCAAGCAGCAUGUCAUCCCCUACAUCGAGGCCGAGCGGACGGGCCAGCCUCUCCCCAAGCCGCCGGCUCGGCUCGUCUACAGCUACCUGCACCGCCUGGACACGCAUGCCUUCCUCAAGGCCGUCAUCAACCUCGACACAAAGGGCGUCGUCUCCCUCAAGGAGCUGCCCAAGCACAUCCAGGGCCCCGUCGACGUGGACGAGAUGAUUGGGCUCGAGACGGUCUGCCUCAAGCACCCAAAGGUCAUUGCCGAGAUUGAGAAGCUGCAGCUGCCCGACGGCGUCACCGUCUGCACGGAUCCGUGGAUCUACGGCACCGACGACGAGGCCGAGCACCGCCGGCUGGUGCAGUUUUACAUGUUCAUCGUGCCCGUGGCGCACCCGCAGUCGAACCACUACUCGCUGCCGUGUGCCUUUUCGCCCGUGCUCGACGCAAACUCCAAGGAGCUCGUCCGGAUCGACUACUUACCCACGGGCCGCGGCCACGACGUCUCUGAAACUCAGCCGUGGAAGCCCGUCAAGGCCGUCGAGUACGCCCACGAGCUGCUGGAGACGCCGCUGAGGACCGACCUGAAGCCGCUGAUUGUCCAGCAGCCCGAGGGGCCCUCCUUUUCCCUGGAUGGACACCUCGUCAAGUGGCAGAAGUGGCGGUUCCGCGUCGGCUUCAACUACCGCGAGGGCCUCGUCCUGUACAACCUCACCUUUGACGGCCGCAACGUCUUUUACCGCCUCGCCCUCUCCGAGAUGACUGUCCCCUACGGAGACCCCCGUCGGCCAUACCACCGAAAGCAAGCCUUCGACGUGGGAGACGUUGGCCUGGGCAUCACCUGCAACCAGCUCAGCCUCGGGUGCGACUGUCUAGGCCACAUCAAGUACUUUGACGGCUUCCGUAUCGACUCCGCGGGCCGGCCGGUGCAUCUGCAGAAUGUCAUCUGCCUCCACGAGCAAGACGCAGGCAUCCUGCACAAGCACACAAACUACCGCAACGGAGAGGCGACGGUGGUGCGGAACCGACAGCUGGUGGUGCAGAUGAUCUGCACCGUCUCCAACUACGAGUACAUCUUCGCCUGGGUGCUGGACCAGGCGGGCGGCAUCGAGUUCGAGGUCCGGGCCACGGGCAUCCUGUCGACGAUCCCGAUCGACGACGGCGAGGGCCUCAACCUGCCGUGGUCGACGCCUGUAGGGCCGGGCGUCUCGGCGCCGUACCACCAGCACAUCUUCAACCUGCGCGUCGACCCUGCCAUUGACGGCUUCAACAACACGGUGACAUACGAGGACAGCGUGCCGCUCGACCCGGAGCAGGACGGCAUCGAGGACCCUUUCGGCGUGGGCUACGUCGCGCGGACGACGGUGCUCGAGGCCGCGGGCUUCGCAGACACAAACGUCGAGCUGGGCCGCGUCUUCAAGAUCCGCAACGACGGCGUCGUCAACGCCAUCAGCCGCAAGCCCGUGGCCUACAAGGUGCAGACCGUCGCCAGCCAGCGCAUGCUCAUGUCGGCGCGCUCCUUCAACGCCCGCCGCGCGCGCUUCCACGAGCACGCCGUGUGGGUGACGCGGUACCGCGACGGCGAGCUGUUCGCCGCGGGCGAGUUCACCAACCAGAGCCGCGUGAGCACGGGCGUCGACGUCUGGGCCGCCAGGGGGGACGACGUCCGCAACCAGGACGUGGUGUUUUGGCACACCUUUGCGCUGACGCACAACCCGCGGCCGGAGGACUUUCCGGUGAUGCCCGUGGAGCGGCUGAGCGUGCACUUCAAGCCGGUUGGGUUCCAUGAGAAGAACCCGGCGCUGGACGUGCCCAAUUCGCAGCAGGGGGUGAAUAAGUCGACGUUGGUGGAGGAGGUGGCCAAGGAGGUCAAGGACUGCUGCAAGCUGUAAAUGUCCAAGACGGACAUUGUAGUGCAUGGAGCAUGCAGUCUUAUCACAUACCUAGGUUGAUGUUGACGUCGA